AUGAAGUGUUUGUGUUUGAUCGUGUUUCUAGCGUUUGUGAUCACACACAGCUACAACGAUCUAGAAGUAGAAGCUGCGUCAAGUGAUGGUUUCGUGAGUAGGAAAGGAGUCCAGUUCAUUCUGAACGGUGAACCAUUUUACGCCAAUGGAUUCAAUGCCUACUGGCUCAUGUACGAAGCCACCGAUCCGAACACAAGGUACAAGGUCACACAUGCCCUUGAGAACGCGGCCGGUCAGGGUCUGACCAUCGCACGCACGUGGGGAUUCCGUGAUGGCGGUUACCGUGCUCUCCAAACCAACCUUAGUUCCUACGAUGAACAAACGUUUCAGGGUUUGGAUUUUUCGAUAGCCGAAGCAAAAAGAGUCGGUAUAAAAAUGAUAAUCGCAUUUGUCAAUAACUUUCCUGACUUCGGAGGAAAGAAACAAUACGUGGCUUGGGCUAAAGAUAAAGGCCAAGCCGUAACUUCCGAAGACGAUUUCUACACCAACGCUUUUCUUAAACAAGCAUACAUGAACCACGUCAAGACUGUGUUGAACAGAGUGAAUACAUUUACCAAAGUUGCAUACAAAGAUGAACCAACCAUUAUGGCUUGGGAGCUCAUGAAUGAGCCACAAUGCAGAGCAGAUACAAGUGGGAAAACCCUUACGGCCUGGAUUAGUGAAAUGGCUUCUUACGUAAAAUCACUUGACUCAAACCAUCUCCUAUCUACCGGAUCUGAAGGCUUCUAUGGUCAAUCAACUCCUCAAAGAAUGACUUCUUUAAAUCCGGUUGCAGCCAACAUUGUUGGAAGCGAUUUCAUCGCUAAUCACAAUAUUGAUGCCAUUGAUUUCGCAUCCGUUCACUCUUACCCUGACACAUGGUUUCCUAAGUUAGAUGAGAAAUCUCUAUUGGACUACUUAAGAAAAAAUCUCGCAGGCCACAUCGAAGAUGCGCAAAACGUUCUUAAAAAACCUCUCAUUCUAGGAGAAUUUGGGAAACCAUCGGAUGCACCAGGCUAUACUCAGGCUCAGAGAGAUGCCGUCUUCACUACAGCGUUCGACAUCAUUUACGUGUCUGCCCAAAAAGGCGGUGCUGCUGCAGGAGCAUUGUUUUGGCAUCUUAUUAGCGACGAUAUGAACAACUUCAGAGAUGCCUACUCCAUUUCACUUAGUGAAAAAUCUUCGACUAUUAAUAUCAUUGGUCAGCAGUCACGAAAGAUGAAUUUGAUUGGUGGAAAAGGAAAGCCAGGUCGCAAAAACAAAAUUUGA